CCACGCCCCUUCCUCCCAGCCCACCCGUCCACCUUCCGCUUUAGCGGGGGGACCGGAGCUAUGGCUCCUGUAUCCUCUGGGCGAGUUCGGCGUCGAGCUCGGGGCUCCAAGCGGGCCGACGCGCGGGCCCGCUCGGCCGAGGACUGGUGGUGGGACAGGCUGGCGCCCCGCGGCUCUGGGUACCACCUGCAGCAAGCGGACAGCAUGCUGCUCGUGCUGCCGGACCUGGAACCUACCCGCGCUCGCGCGCACAGGCGCGCCCCUCGCCGCGCUCCGAGACCCCCGGCUCGCGGCCCCACGGCGGCUGCCAAGCACAGGACCAAGCCCCGACCCGAGCCGUCGCCGGAUCAGGGCCCGGACUCCGGCUGGGGAGACCGUAUUCCCUUAGAAGUCCUGGUGCAUAUUUUCGGGUUGUUGGUUGCGGCUCAUGGGCCCAUGCCUUUUCUUGGCAGGGCUGCACGCGUUUGCCGCCGUUGGCAUGAAGCCACCUCCCAUCCUGCACUCUGGCACACUGUGACCCUGUCACCCCCGCUGGUUGGCCGGGCUGCCAAGGGCAACCUUAAGGCAGAGAAGAAGCUCCUUGCUUCCCUGGAGUGGCUCAUACCCAAUCGGUUCUCACAGCUCCAGAGGUUGACCCUCAUCCAUUGGAAGUCUCAAGUGCACCCUGUGUUGGAGACUUUUACCUGCCCUCCCCAACCCCAGAUGGCCUCUCUCUUGCCACAGCUGGUUAGCAGGUUCUGUCCCCGGCUCACCUUCCUCAAGCUUUCAGACUGCCACAAUGUGACUGCUGACACGCUGGUCAUGUUAGCCAAAGCCUGCUGCCAGCUCCACAGCCUGGACCUACACCAUUCCAUGGUAGAGUCUACAGCUGUGGUGAGCUUCUUGGAGGAAGCAGGGUCCCGAAUGCGGAAGCUGUGGCUGACCUACAGUUCCCAGACGACAGCCAUCUUGGGUGCGCUGCUGGGCAGCUGCUGCCCCCAGCUGCAAGUCCUGGAGGUCAGCACUGGCAUGAACUGCAACAGCACACCCCUGCAGCUGCCUGUGGAGGCCCUGCAGAAAGGCUGCCCCCGGUUACAGGUGCUACGACUGCUGAACCUGAUUUGGCUUCCCAAGCCUUGUGGACGAGGGGGGGUGCCCCAAGGACCAGGCUUCCCCAGCCUCGAGGAGCUCUGCCUGGCUGGCUCCACCUGCAACUUUGUGAGCAACGAGGUUCUGGGCCGCUUGCUCCAUUGCUCCCCCAAACUGCGCCUGCUGGAUCUCCGAGGCUGUGCUCGGAUCACGCCCACGGGCCUGUGUGAUUUGCCGUGUCAAGAGCUGGAGCAACUCUACCUGGGCCUGUAUGGCAUGUCUGACGGCUUGACGCUGGCUAAGAAAGGCAGCCCUCUGUUGACCCAGAAGUGGUACCACACCCUGAGGGAGCUGGACUUCAGUGGCCAAGGCUUCAGCGAGAAAGACCUGGAACAGGCCCUGGCCGUUUUUUCUGGCGCCUCUGGGGGCUUACACCCAGCCUUGUGCUCCCUCAACCUAAGGGGUACCCGAGUCACACCAAGCACAGUCAGUUCUGUGAUUAGCAGUUGCCCGGGGCUGCUGUAUCUCAAUCUGGAGUCCUGCCGGUGCCUCCCCAGGGGUCUGAAGCGAGCUUACCGGGGCCUGGAGGAAGUCCAGUGGUGUCUAGAACAGCUGCUUACAAGCCCACCAGCCUCCAGAUAGUCCACUGGACUCAGACACCUCCCAGCUCUUUUCCCUGCCCCUUUUCACUUGGAAAUGUUUGAGCUUUUGUUACAAUAAAGUAUUUUUAAGCAUUCUG